AUGGAAGUAGAAAAUCACACCGGAGCUUCACAGUUCCUCCUCCUCGGCCUCUCAGAAGAUCCUGAAUUGCAGCCCUUUCUCUCCGGACUGUUCCUGUCCAUGUACCUGGUCACAGUGCUCGGGAACCUGCUCAUCAUCCUGGCCACCACCUCUGACUCCCGCCUCCACAGCCCCAUGUACUUCUUCCUCUCCAACUUGUCCUUUGUGGAUGUGUGUUUCACCUCCACCACAGUCCCAAAGAUGCUGGUGAACAUCCAGGCACACAGCAAAAACAUUUCCUACAGAGAGUGCCUUGCUCAGGUAUAUUUUUUUACUCUUUUUGUUCAGAUGAAUACUUUGCUCCUUGCUGUGAUGGCCUAUGACCGUUUUGUAGCCAUCUGUCAUCCACUAAAAUACACAGUCAUCAUGAAUCCUUGGCUCUGUGGCUUCUUGGUUGUGAUGUCUUGGUUCUUAAAUUUCUGGAUCUCCUUGAUUCACAUUCUGCUUGUGAAGGGACUGAGUUUCCGCAAGGGCACUAAAAUCCCGCAUUUCUUCUGUGAACUGGCUCAGCUGCUCAAGGUGGCCAGCUCUGAUACCUUCAUCAAUAACAUCUUUCUGUAUUUGUCAACUGCCCUCCUGGGUGUGUUUCCUGUCAGUGGGAUCAUUUUCUCUUACACUCGGAUAGUCUCCUCCUUGAUGAAGAUAUCCUCUACUGGUAGCAAGUGUAAAGCAUUUUCUACCUGUGGCUCUCAUCUGUGUGUAGUCUCGCUGUUCUAUGGGACAGCACUUGGAGUGUACCUGAGUUCUGCUGUGUCCCAUUCUUCCCAUGAAGGCUCUGUUUCCUCUGUGAUGUACACUGUGGUGACCCCCAUGCUGAACCCCUUCAUCUACAGCCUAAGGAACAAGGAUGUGAAGGGGGCUCUGGGAAGACUCCUCAGCGGAGCUUUCUGCUGUCCCUUGAGGACUGAAGUCCUUAGAACUAAGUGA